CGCUCAUUGCCUGCUCUUGGCAGCGGAAGUGAACCGAGGUGUUUUUGUGUAUGGAGACUAGAGUGUGAAAGCCAGAGAGAGGAGAAAGGGACGGGAUGCGCCUCAUGGGCUCCUGAGGAGGAAGGGAAGCCGAACCUGGGAAGUGAGGAGCCUUUGGGGGCUCGCUUUGCGCUUGCAUACAUCAUUCCCCCUUCUCUUGGAUGUUGUUGCUGUAUUUGAGGGCAGUGAGAACAAAGCAACAGUCUGGAAUAUAGGGAUCUCACACUGCACUUUACUUCUCAGUCCCAGGACUACUGUUGCUGUCACUAAAUUCUCUGUAGCCAUCAACCCAAGUGUGGUUUCGAUGGAAAAAUGAAGGUUGCACGUUUUCAACAGUUGCCUAAUGAUGACGAUGAAAUAAUGAUUCCUGUUCUGACUUCAAAAAAAGCAAGUGAAUUACCAGUCAAUGAAGUUUCAAGCAUUCUUCAGGCAGACCUUCAGAAUGGCUUGAAAAAUUGUGAAGUCUGUCAUAGACGGGCUUUUCAUGGAUGGAAUGAGUUUGAUAUUGGUGAGGAUGAACCACUGUGGAAAAAAUACAUUUCUCAGUUUAAAAACCCUCUUAUUAUGCUUCUCCUGGCUUCCGCUGUCAUCAGUGUUAUAAUGCAUCAGUUUGAUGAUGCCGUCAGUAUCACUGUGGCAAUACUUAUUGUUGUUACAGUUGCCUUUGUUCAGGAAUACCGUUCAGAAAAAUCUCUUGAAGAAUUAAAUAAACUUGUACCUCCAGGAUGUCACUGUGUUCGAGAAGGUAGAGUGGAACAUACACUUGCAAGAGACUUGGUUCCAGGUGAUACUGUGUGCUUGUCAGUGGGAGACCGAGUUCCUGCUGAUCUACGCCUAUUUGAGGCUGUGGGUCUUUCUGUUGAUGAGUCUAGUCUGACAGGUGAGACAACUCCUUGCUCUAAAUGCACUUCACCUCAGCCAGCUGCUACCAAUGGAGACCUUACUUCAAGAAGCAAUAUUGCUUUCAUGGGGACACUGGUUCGAUGUGGGAAGGCAAAGGGGAUUGUUAUUGGAACUGGAGAAAACUCUGAGUUUGGGGAAGUUUUCAAAAUGAUGCAAGCAGAAGAAGCUCCAAAGACACCUUUGCAGAGGAGCAUGGAUCUAUUAGGGAAACAACUUUCCCUGUAUUCCUUUGGUAUAAUUGGAAUAAUUAUGUUGGUUGGCUGGCUACAAGGAAAGCAUAUCCUUGAUAUGUUUACCAUAGGUGUGAGUUUGGCUGUAGCUGCAAUCCCUGAAGGUCUGCCUAUUGUUGUAACAGUAACAUUGGCUCUUGGCGUGAUGAGAAUGGUUAAGAAACAGGCUAUUGUCAAAAAAUUACCAAUUGUUGAAACAUUAGGCUGCUGCAAUGUUAUUUGUUCUGAUAAGACUGGUACGCUGACAAAAAAUGAAAUGACUGUUACCCAUAUAUUUACAGCAGAUGGACUUCAUGGUGAGGUUACUGGAGUGGGCUAUAACAGAUUUGGAGAAGUUAUAGUUGAAGGUGAUAUGGUUCAUGGAUUUAAUAAACCAUCUGUUAGCAGAAUUGUUGAGGCUGGGUGUGUGUGUAAUGAUGCUGUAAUUCGGAACAACACUUUAAUGGGAAAACCAACAGAAGGGGCUUUAAUUGCACUUGCUAUGAAGAUGGGUUUAGAUGGAAUUCAACAGGACUACAUAAGAAAAGCAGAAUAUCCUUUCAGCUCUGAGCAAAAAUGGAUGGCUGUUAAGUGUGUACAUAGAACACAACAGGACAAACCAGAAAUUUGCUUCAUGAAAGGUGCUUAUGAGGAAGUGAUUCGAUAUUGUACAACAUACAAUAGCAAAGGACAUAGCUUACCUCUUAACCAACAACAAAGAGAUCUUUAUCAGCGAGAGAAAGCAUCCAUGGGCUCUGCAGGACUUAGAGUUCUGGCCUUAGCAUCUGGUCCUGAGCUUGGACAGCUGACCUUUCUGGGUCUGGUAGGAAUAAUUGAUCCUCCAAGAACUGGUGUAAAAGAAGCUGUGACAGCACUUAUUACUUCAGGAGUGGCAAUAAAAAUGAUUACUGGCGAUUCACAAGAGACUGCUGUUGCCAUUGCUAGUCGUUUAGGAUUAUAUUCCAAAAAUUCUCAAUCAAUCUCUGGUGAAGAAAUAGAUGCAAUGGAUAUACAACAGCUUUCACAAAUAUCGCCCAAGGUAGCAGUGUUCUACAGAGCCAGUCCCAGACAUAAGCUGAAGAUAGUUAAGUCACUACAAAAUAAUGGUUCAGUAGUUGCUAUGACUGGUGAUGGAGUGAAUGAUGCUGUAGCACUGAAGGCUGCAGAUAUUGGAGUAGCAAUGGGGCAGACUGGCACUGAUGUUUGUAAAGAAGCAGCUGAUAUGAUCUUAGUGGAUGAUGACUUCCAGACAAUAAUGUCUGCCAUUGAAGAGGGUAAAGGAAUUUAUAACAACAUCAAAAAUUUUGUUAGAUUUCAACUUAGCACAAAGGGAAAACAAUCACUGACUCAUCCUCUAACAACAAAGGUUACUGUAAGGAGUAUAGCUGCAUUGACAUUAAUCUCAUUGGCCACAUUAAUGAACUUUCCUAAUCCUCUCAAUGCCAUGCAGAUCUUAUGGAUCAACAUAAUCAUGGAUGGACCCCCCGCUCAGAGUCUUGGAGUUGAGCCUGUGGAUAAAGAUGUUAUCAGGAAGCCUCCAAGAAAUGUCAAGGACAGCAUUUUGACCAGAAAUCUAAUUGUCAAAAUAUUGGUUUCAUCUGUAAUUAUUGUAUGUGGAACACUGUUUGUCUUUUGGAGAGAGCUGCGAGACAAUGUCAUAACACCUCGAGAUACAACAAUGACCUUCACUUGUUUUGUAUUUUUUGAUAUGUUCAAUGCUUUGAGUUCCAGAUCUCAGACUAAAUCUGUGUUUGAGAUUGGACUCUGUAGCAACAAAAUGUUCUGUUAUGCAGUCCUUGGAUCUAUAAUGGGACAACUAUUAGUAAUCUACUUCCCCCCUCUUCAGAAGGUUUUUCAGACAGAGAGUCUAAGCAUAUUAGAUUUGCUAUUUCUUCUGGGCCUCACCUCCUCUGUGUGCAUAAUAGCAGAGGUUAUAAAGAAGGUUGAAAGAAGCAGGGAGAAGAUCCAGAAACAUGGCAGAUCUUCAUCUUUAACAUCUUUUCUUGCUGUAUGAUGCACAUUGCAUUCUUUGUGUUUUCAAAAGCUAGAAACUGCUCUUUAUGUAGGAGGAACAUGAGAAGAUAAAGGGCUUUUGACAAGUCCUCCUUUUCACUGAUGGAUGAUGAACACUGGAAAUUUUAAAGACUGUUUAAUUCUCAACUUCCAGCUGGGAGAGUAAUAAACAAUAUUAUGCAACUUUGGUAAUAUUUUUUCCUCAAAGACAACUUUACUUUUCAGACUGAAUGGAAAUUUCUAAGUAUGAAAGCUAACCUUUAAAAAAGAACCAUGUCAAACGUUAGGCCCACCUUUCUGCUAAGAGAUAUGUGUAUAGAAACAUGUAUUACAUAAAAUAUUUUAGUUUUUAUUUUAUUUUUUAAAAAAGCCUUUUAUGGUGGUGGUGGGACGUUACUAUUGAAUAUGCGAGGCAUUCCAGCUGGUUUAGAGUGAAUUGCAAGAGGUGCCAUAUUUCAGCUCCUGUAUUUAUUUAUAGUACAUUUCCAUGCAAUGUGUACCUUGUGCUACCCUUUUUAAAUCUUAUGUUAUUUGCACAGGAUGUGACCACUGUCCAAUCACUUGUCUUUUCUUUCUUUUUGUGAUUGAAAAGCCUAUAUUGCGAUUUUGAAGUAAAUGUCUGCGUUUCUUAAAA